ACCAGUUUGGAAGCGCCUUAUGAAUUAUGAUACUACCUCAAUUAAUCCCUGGAUAAGAUUGCUGAGAUAAUUAUAAUAUUACAGUACUUAAUAAUCAUGUAAAUUUGGGAACUGCAGUUAUGGUUUAAGAGGUAUUCUUGAAACUAAUUGCAGUGAUCGGGUGCUGUUUUAUAAUAAUAUUAUAUCGAUUGCUGGCUGCAAUACACUUCGCUGUUUCCCAUACCAAAGCUAAAAGCAGGAAAUCCAGAUUUAGCUCAAUCGGCGGAUUCUGCGAAAUUCGGAGACAUCCCGACAAUUUGUGCGCUAUACUGCAAACUGCUACAAAAUUGCUAUGGACACUGCAGUUUUAUCGGAGAUUGUAGAAGGAAUGCCCCUGAAUUUUUCCAUUGGAAAACACCCUAUUAAUGAUGGAAGUGGAUCACCGUCUGUGGAUGCAUCUGAAAAUUUGCCUUGUAAUGCACAUCCCGAUGUGCACGGAAACUCCCCAAAGGUGAAUGGAAGCGGGGAUAGAAUUGUCAGAGAUUUGUCUGACGAAUCCAGCAACCAGUCCAUCGAGGUUACCGUCGUGCAGUUGCUACCAGACUUUGAAGGAUCGUUAGAAGACAUGGCCUUUGAAGCACCUGUCAGUUAUACCGAAGAAGAUUUGUGUAACUUGCAAAAAGAAAUUAUCGUGGAUGAAGCUGUGGCCGCUACUGUUCUGCAAGAGCAGCCUGAUUCACUGUCGACGGGAUUUCUUCCUCCCUGUUUACUGCAAAAGAUCGUGGAUGCAACAGAGGACAUUGACGGUUUGAAUCCGGAUACUGCGGUGAAGGCUUUCCAGCCAUUACUGCGCACAAAUCUUUCUACAAGCUUAUCUGUUACGAGCGAAGGGUUCAUCCAGAUGAACGAUUACAAAAUAUCCUUUGAUUCAAUGGGAGGCGGUCGUCUGUCGGAAGUCCGUGUGGCAUUUAAUGAGAAGGACGGCCAACAUUAUGCUGUAAAAAUACUAUCCAGACGGAAGAUGCAGUGUUACAAUAAACUGCUGAGGUCUUCGAGGAAUCCUUUGGCUGAAACGUACAGAGAAAUCGAUGUUCUAAGAAAGUUGGAUCAUCCUAACAUUAUCCAGUUAGUUGAAGUGGUCGACAAUCCCACCGAUGAUAACAUUUAUAUCGUGACGGAACUUCUUGAUCAGGCAUUGAUGGAUCUUCCGACAGAAUCUCCGUUCCCUGAAUCGGAAGCACGAAAUUACUUCCAAGAGAUCUUGGAUGGUGUUGAUUACUUGCACUCUCAGAAAGUUGUUCAUCGAGAUCUGAAACCGGAUAAUAUGUUAUUAAGUAAACAAGGCCGAGUAAAAAUCGCUGACUUUGGAUUCUGCGAAGAGGGCGGUUCCGAUACCGAAGACUCAACUGGUACAGAGUCAGACACCAGUAAUUCUGAUGCCGUCAACGAGCCGGAAGUAUCCGCCGUGCACGGGACACCGGCAUUUACGCCUCCGGAAUGCCUUCGAACGACAAACAAGCCGGUUUCGGGCUACGCCCUGGACAUGUGGUCACUGGGUGUGACUUUAUAUGCCCUAAUCGUAGGAGAUGUCCCGUUCAAAGGUGACUCUAUGCCCCAGCUCUUCAAAGCAAUCCUCAAUGAUUCUGUAGAGUUUCCCGCGGAUGCUGACAUUUCCCCUGAAUUAAAAGAUCUCCUUGCACGCUUGUUAACGAAGAAUCCGAAGAGGCGGAUUCGGAUGGAAGAUGUUAAGCUGCAUCCUUGGCUGCAGACAGAUAACCACGCGCCGGGCGGUGACGUCGGCAGUGGUGAUGACUGUAAAAAUGGCGCUUUAUCAUCCGUUAUUGAGAGAAAAGGAAGCCAUCAUCUGCGGUCGUAACGGAAGAUGAUCUUAUAAAAAUGUGCAUUGGGGAUAGUUAUUGUGUGGGAUACAUGUUUGUGGAUUGUAAAAUAAUGAUAUAAUUACGGCUGUUACAUAUAUACGUACCAAAGUCCCGUUUAUUUCAGAACUCUACGGAUUAAUUAACGUUAAAUUUGUUGCUGUUAAUGUUAUUACUUUAACAGUACCUUGCUUUGUGUACAUAAUACGGAUUACAGAGUCUUGCUGAAAAUGCCAGACAACGUUUUUUUAUUCUCAGAUUCUGUAUCCAGUUUUUCCUGUAAAAUUACUGCUCCGCUCACUCAGAUGUGCUUGUUUAACGCACAAUGUUCUGUCAAAUAAUCUUGCAGCGGAGAGCGAUGCGAUAUUCGUUGCUGACCAGUGAUCAAUAAAAAUUA